AGAAAAAAAUCAAGGAGUUUGAUUGAUUCCGGUCCAAGAUGAGAAGGAGAAGAGAAGCUUGGAUUGGGAUCAAAGGAGAAGAAGAGAUUUGAGGAUUUCUCUCUAGCAAUGGGCUUCUCUCCCGACAAUCUCAAGGGUUUCAUCCUCGCACUCCUCUCUAGUGCCUUCAUCGGCGCCAGUUUCAUCAUCAAGAAGAAGGGUUUGCGCCGAGCCGCCGCUGCUUCCGGUGUUCGCGCUGGUUUUGGUGGCUACUCUUACCUUUUGGAGCCUCUCUGGUGGACUGGCAUGAUCACCAUGAUAGUGGGAGAGGUUGCUAACUUUGUGGCUUAUGCAUUUGCGCCGGCAAUCCUUGUGACACCUCUCGGUGCUCUUAGCAUUAUAGUUAGUGCUGUGCUGGCGCAUUUCAUUUUGAAAGAGAAGUUGCAUCAUCUUGGUGUACUGGGAUGUGUUAUGUGCAUUGCUGGAUCUGUGGUGAUUGUUAUUCAUGCACCACAGGAAAAGCCAAUUACUUCAGUUCACGAAAUUUGGAGCAUGGCAACUCAAACAGCUUUUUUGCUCUAUGUGGCUUCGGUUAUAGUGCUGGUGUUUGUGCUAAUUUUCCAUUUUGCUCCUCAAUAUGGACAUACAAAUGUUUUGAUUUAUGUGGGUAUCUGCUCAUUGAUGGGAUCCUUAUCGGUUAUGAGUGUUAAAGCUUUGGGAACUUCUCUAAAGCUGACUUUUGAGGGUAAUAAUCAGUUAAUUUAUCCUCAAACAUGGUUCUUUAUGGUAGUUGUGCUUACGUGCGUGAUUACGCAAAUGAAUUAUCUCAACAAGGCUCUUGAUACUUUUAACACUGCUAUUGUAUCCCCAAUUUAUUAUGUCAUGUUCACUACCCUUACAAUUCUCGCAAGCGUCAUUAUGUUCAAGGAUUGGGAUGGUCAAGGUGUAGGAAGUAUAAUUUCUGAAAUAUGCGGCUUCAUUGUUGUUCUUUCUGGAACUAUCUUAUUGCAUUCAACAAAAGAUUAUGAUCGGGGAACACCACGAAGUAUUUAUGCACCAUUGUCACCGUCUUUGUCAACUAGACUUUGUACCAGCAACGGGGAGUCAAUGAAGCAUGUUGAGGAAGACAUGGUAUCUGCCGAAGAUGUAUGCUUGAGAAGACAAGAGCUAUACUGACAAAAUUUCUGUCAAAAAACAUCGACAAACGGAGUGAUCUCGUACUAAAAUGGAACAGUCUCUAUGUCUCAAUUCACAUCUCAUGGUCCAACCUGCGAUAUCGAAGUUAAACAGAUGCUAUUAAUGAUGGAGAUUUUGUGCUGCUUGUUUGAUUCAACAGUGUAUAUCCUCAAGAACUCAUUCUGGAGAUUGUAGAGUGUUUUCCGUCGACAAUUCACGACAAGGUGGUUGUUCGAAAGGGUGAUGUUUGUUUGUUGAAUAAAUCUUCGGCAUUUGUACAUUUUUAUACAAGUUGUACCACUGUCAAGAUAGGAUCAAUUGUGAGUGUAAUAGUUUCAAGCAAAAUAGUAUUCUGUUGCACAGGAUUUAUUUACUGCUUAUUGAUUCUUGUGUAAUUAUAAAAAACAAGAUAUUAAUUUCCAAGUUUUGUUGAUUGA